AUUUUUAAUUUUAAUUUUACCCUUGAAUUUCUUUGAAAAUAAAUUAUUCAAGUCCAUAACAACCAGUUGUAAGUUAAACUGUGAGUGAUCGGAAAUGUUUUGCAAAUUAAAAGCAGUUCUUAUUGAUCUAAGCGGCACGAUUCAUAUUGAAUCGAAUGAAAUUGUCGGAUCAAUUGAUGCAUUGAUAAGAUUACGUAGAUCUGGUCUUCGUUAUAAGUUUGUUACAAAUACGACAAAAGAGAGCCAAAAUUUUCUUUAUGAACGCUUGAAAUCCAUUGGAUUUGAUAUUGAAAAAAAUGAAAUAUUCACAUCAUUAAUCGCGGCUAGAGAUUUUAUACGGAAUGAAAAACUUCGCCCGCAUUUAUUGCUUGAAGAUAGCGCCAUGGAAGAUUUUCAGGAUGUAACUAAAGAAUUAGUUGAUAAUAAUAAGGGUGAAGCAGUAGUUGUUGGACUGGCACCAUCAAAAUUUAAUUAUGAUACGUUAAACGAUUCAUUUGAUAAAUUAUUAAACGGUGCCCGAUUAGUGGCUAUACAUCAAGGUCGAUAUUAUAGAACGACUAAAGGUUUAGCACUUGGUCCAGGUCCUUUUGUCAAAGCUUUAGCUUAUGGUGCCGACAUUAAACCUGAAGACAUUAAAGUGGUGGGUAAACCUGAUCGUAAUUUUUUCCUUUCCGCUCUCCAAUCGUUGAAUGCAAAUAUUCAACCUGAUGAAACUGUUAUGAUCGGUGAUGAUGUUCGCGAUGAUAUUGAAGGAGCCAUGGCCUUAGGUAUGAAAGGUAUAUUGGUUCGAACAGGAAAAUAUCGACCAGGUGAUGAAAACAAAAUCAAUCAAUCACCAACAUUAAUUGCUGCAACGUUUGCCGAAGCCAUUGAAACUAUUUUGAGUGAUCUUUGUAAUUAAAAUCUGCUUUUUUGUUUGUUGAAAAAUUUA